AUGUCCUCGACUCCAACCUCUGUUCAACCUACAGGACAAUCCGGGGAGAGCAAGAAGGAGGGAACUAGCACUGAGCAUAUCAAUCUCAAAGUGGUUGGAAGCGAUCACAAUGAGAUGUUCUUUAAAAUUAAGCGAACAACACAACUGAAAAAGCUGAUGGACGCUUUUUGUGAAAGACAAGGCAAGGCUUUUAACUCGCUUCGUUUUCUUUAUGAUGGUGAACGCUUGGAAAUGGAAGAUGGUGAUGCCAUUGAUGUUAUGGUUGAACAAACAGAAAUUAAUUUUGAUAGAUGUAUAUUGAUACUUCUAGGGAAUAUCAUAGGAACUGGAUCUGCACUCAGUGCAGUAUAUGUUGAAUCACAAAGCUGGAAGUUAUGGAUGAGUAUUCGUAAAACUUGA